UGUGAGGUCACGUAACGUAACCAUUUGUUUCCGCCUUAAAUAUCGGAUGCUCUUUAAAAUACGUUAUUGAUACAAAAAGUGAUCAACCGACGUUCAUACUAAAUGCUGUGUAAAUACUCCCAUCACUAACAAACAUAAAAAUAACUACCGAAACAAUAAACAAACUAAUGCACGUGAAAGCAUAAAAUAGCCUAUCCUCAAAUCCUCAUGUGACUCUGCAUGACGCGUCGUUCUAUUUAUAAUCAAACAGCUAUCGUUCAGUGAUCAGUCUCUACAAUGGAAGUGACCAUAGCACUAGGGCAUUUCUGCGAUACGCAUGGUCCGUGUGUAGUUUUUUGCACGGACAGGGUAAAAGAAAUUUCCGAAGACUUACACCUGAAUGAAUCAGUAUGCAAUGCUUGUCAGUCUAUACAAUUGGACACGGUGUACGCCUGCCAAGAUGAAGACUGGUACUACAUCAGUACUCGGACGGCUUUAGAUGAGAGUAGGGCGGUUGUACUGAAGGAUGCUGUGCUGAGAAGUCUGAGUAUUGAGGUGGUCCAAGAAGAGUCAGUGCCUGUAGGCACGAUGUACUUUGGUGACAAUAAAAGAGGCCACAUCAUAUCCCAUGUCUUCGAUGUGAAAGACUCAUUUGCUAGAGGCUUCAAACGGAAGUAUUGCAUAGUUGUGUUAAGUCAAGAUCAGAUAUCACUGUUGCAGCAUUACGACUUCAUAAAAGAAAACUUGAAAAAAAUCAGCAGUAGCAUCCAGCAGAAAGCUAGUAAGGUCAAUACAGCAGAACAAUCUGUCCAUUCUCAAAGAGAAGUCAGGCAAAAAGAAGGCUAUAAGACAAACCAGCGUUCACUGGCUCUCCUUACUGGUGAACCAAACAUUUUCGCACACUUACACAUGUGGUUUGUAUUUCUGUUACGAUCUGAAAUCUAUAGGAGUAUUCCCCACGAAGUUCCCGACUGCCCUGUUGAUGUUUCUGCCGCAAAGGAACUGAGAGAACUUUACAAAAGUAUACCCAAGGAUGUAUUUAGGACUCUAGUACAUUGUACUGUAACAGGGAUCAAAACCGAGUAUUAUGAUGCAAGAACGGAAAGGAUUUUCAAUCAGUUGCUACCAGUAAACUUCAGACCACCUUCAACUGAAAGUUGUAUAUGCAGCUGUUCAAAAGAAAACAAGGUUCAUUUCGUUGGUUGUCUUCCACAAAAGUUACCGACACUGGUCUGUCAAAUUGAACAAGCUAUAAGCAAUGAUACUAUACCAGAGCCAGCUUUGACACACCACCUGUCAAGCUUGAUAAUAAAAUGGCUUAACAUAGCUUGUGUUGUGAAUUGGGCGCCAAAAAUAACGAAAGAAUUACUAGAUAGCUUAGAGAUCAGAAAAUGUGAUAUGCCAGUAGUAACAUACUGGGCAAGUCAGAGUAACUGUGUGGAAAGUUGUCAAAUAGACUGGUUUGAGAAGGUCUAGUAGACCACAUUUUAUAUUAUAUUUGUAAACUACCUCUUCCAUUGUUGCAUUCAUUGUGAUAUUUAGUUAAGAUUUGUAUGUUUGUAUGAUGAGUUUUUAUAUACCAGAAGUAACAAUAUAAUUCUUAUACAUUGUCUUUGCCUUUUUUUUGUAAUGAUGCUCGUAUGUUACACAAACUUCCAAAACAUUGUGAAAUAUACAUUUAUCAUAUUUAUAUUGUGUAGUACAACAUAUGAAAUGGGAAUUGGGUGG